AUGGACUACCCUUGCUCUUCGUCUUGCUCUCCUCGCGGCUUGCAGCAGCGAGGUCGCAACGGACACGCGGCAGCUGUGUUCAAGGACCGGCUCUGGGUGGUCGGUGGUAGGGGUGAGCUAUACCAGACCUACAACUUGAGGUUUCAGAACAGACGGGGGGACGUGUGGAGCUCGCCAGAUGGGCAGACGUGGAUGCAGAGCAACGAGCUGACGGGGGACUUUCAGCUGCAAAAUUUCGAUGCGGUUGACCCUGGUGCCCUGGCGCCGUGGUAUGCUCGAUUCGGGCACACACUUGACGUUCUCCAGGCCACCAACCACAGCGGAGUAUCGACGGAGCUAAUGGUACUUGCUGGAGGGUACACUCCUGACCCUGACAACGACGUCUGGGUCACGGAAGAUGGGAAUGACUGGCGUUUCGCGGGUAACGCCAACUGGACGGGUCGAGGUUGGCACGAAAGCAGCGUGUUUCUGGACAGGUUGUUCAUCAUUGGAGGGUCGCCUCUCACCAACGAUGUCUGGGCGGGAGACAUCGUGCAGGACGCGUCCGGGUUCUGGUCCUUCGCUUGGGAGAAGAUGGCCAGCGGAAACGACGUGCCGUUCUCGCCUAGGGCAGGCUUAGCUGCUGCCGUGGUUCAACGCCCCCUGGUGCAGUCAGAGUUUAAUGACACGCUUUUCUUGAUGGGCGGUUUCGGGGGAUGGCCGGAAGACGACCCGAGGUACAACGGGAUGCGAUGCAGGAACGACGUGUACAAGACGAAGGAUGGGGUGGCCUGGUCUGUCGUGACCGAGAGCGCCGAUUGGGGUCCUCGAGGAUGGUUCGACGUUGCGACCUUGACCAAGGUCUCCGAUCCCUACGCGGACGUGACUCCAUCGUCGGAAUUCCGAACUUUCACGGGAAAUGGCCCUCGCAUGUGGCUCGCGGGUGGCGGGUAUAUGGGGCAGAACGGCAACAGCAUCGUCUCUUCCAUGAUCGGCUACGUGGAUAUGUGGUUUAGCACGGACGGGCUCACCUGGCACCAGGUGAACUACGAAGAAGGAUCAACCGGGUCGAACCUGUACUCCAGCAUGGAGUGGGCUCUCACGGAGGUCGACAACAUCCCUACGUACCUCGGCAAGUGGGGGCACAGGAUGCUGGCGUGGACGGCAGACGGCGAAAACGGAGUGAAAGAGCCCGCGCUGUACCUGAUCGCGGGUGACGCUGUGGAGGGCGGGUCUUUCGUCAGCGACGUCUUCGUCAGCACCGAAACACUUUUCUGCACGGCGGAGGGGAUCGUUUGCGGCGGUAUCGGGACAUGCGUCGACUUUGGCUGCGACUGCGAGGGUACGUCGCAGGGCACGGGAGCGGGGGGGGACUUUUGCACGGCAGACCAGACCGACUCCGAGUCGGCGGGGGCAAAGAACGUCCCGAGAGGCGUCUCGCUCGUCGUGGCUAUCACCACCGUCGCUGCAGCCGUUCUUGCUGUUGGCACGUCGUCGUCGUUAUCGUCAUCAUGGCCGGUACGAGAAGGGCAGUACUUAUGA